AAUUUAAUGGAUUUAAUAAUGAAAGGUGGCUCUCUAAAUGCCCAAAGAUUCAUCACAGCGGUUGACCUGCAAAAACAUGAAUACCUUGAACCUAUAUCACGAGAAAUGUGGUUAAGAUUGUAUAAGACGCACAAAGACAUUACAGAAAUUGAAAGUUUUCAGGAAGCCGGUAAAGCAAUUGGAAUGGAUGAAAAUACUCUUCAAAAUGCAUUAAAAAGUAUUAAUGAUGUCUCCACCAAACAGAGACUUCGAAAAUACACAGAAGAAGCCUUAGAGUAUGGUGCAUUUGGUGCACCCAUUAUUGUAGCUCAUUCAAGAGAAGGCCCGGAAGUGUUUUUUGGCUCAGAUAGAUUUGAGCUUUUAGCACAUGUCAUAGGUAAACCUUGGCUAGGACCUGUACCUACUUCACCAAAGCUUUAGGUGUUUUGUUUUCCCCCUUAACAUGUAAGGCAAUUUCGACUGUUUUGUAUUAAUCAUACAUUUUUAUUGAUGAUUAUUUCUAUGCAUAUUUUUUAUAUAAAUCUAUUUUACAUUCAAUUAUGGAUGGUAUGUUGAAAAAGAAAAUUGUUGCUAAAAAUAAACUUUUUAUUUAUUUUCUGA